UGCUGAGUCAUCUGACCGCAGUGUUGAACAUGGGGAGGAGACGCGGCUCUUAGGGAAUUUGGGGAUCGUCCUAAAAUUUAAGUGGUGGCUCCUCUGAGUUAGGACGACAAAGGGGCUUGCCUGUCUGGAGACUUCGGGGACUGGGCAAGUACCUUGGUUUUGAUCUGAGUAACAUUCAAAUGAAACUUAGUUAAAGCUUUGUAUGCAGAGGACAGUCUCCAAUCAGUAAACUCAAUAAGCUGGAAAAGAAUGAUGCUGUCAUUGAACAACUUGCAAAAUAUCAUCUAUAACCCGGUGAUCCCCUAUGUUGGCACCAUUUCUGAGCAGUUGAAGCCCGGAUCUCUGAUUGUAAUUCGUGGGCAUGUUCCAAGUGAUGUGGACAGAUUCCAGGUGGACUUGCAGCAUGGCAGCAGCCUGAAGCCUCGUGCUGAUGUGGUCUUCCACUUUAACCCUCGUUUCAAAAGAACCAAUUGCAUUGUUUGCAACACUCUGACAAAUGAGAAAUGGGGCUGGGAGGAGAUCACCUAUGACAUGCCCUUCCAAAAAGAAAAGUCAUUUGAGAUUGUGAUCAUGGUGCUAAAGAACAAAUUCCAGGUGGCUGUGAAUGGAAAACAUACCCUGCUCUAUGCCCACAGGAUUGACCCUGAGAAAAUAGACACACUGGGCAUUUAUGGAAAAGUGAAUAUUCACUCCAUUGGGUUUAGCUUCAGCUCAGAUUUACAAAGUACAGAGACAUCUACUCUGGGACUGGCGGAGAUAAGUAGAGAGAAUGUACAGAAGUCUGGCAUGUCACAGAUGAACUGGUUCCUGCAGCCUAGUAAUAGAGGAUACAUUUCUAAAAUUGUACCCAGAACUGUCUACACCAAGAGCCGAGACUCAACUAUUGAUCACAUUUUGCCUUGCACCAAAAUCCUACCUACCAGCUAUUUAUCAAAGAGCCUGCCAUUUGAAGCAAGGCUGAACUCUCCCAUGGGCCCAGGGCGAACAAUCGUCAUUAAAGGAGAAGUGCAUACAAAUGCUAAAAGCUUUAAUGUUGAUUUAGUGGCAGGAAAAUCAAAAGAUAUUGCUCUACAUUUGAACCCACGCCUGAAUAUUAAAGCAUUUGUAAGAAAUUCUUUUCUUCAUGAUGCUUGGGGAGAAGAAGAGAGAAAUAUUACCUGUUUCCCCUUUAGUCCUGGGAUGUACUUUGAGAUGAUAGUUUAUUGUGAUGUCAGAGAAUUCAAGGUUGCAGUGAAUGGCGUGCACAGCCUGGAAUACAAACACAGAUUUAAAGAACUGGGCAAUGUCGACACACUGGUGGUUGAUGGCGAUAUCCACUUGCUGGAUGUAAGGAGCUGGUAGCCACCACAACUGCCACAAAACCCAAAAUACAGAAUAGCUAACAUGCUACUGGCCAUGUCAAAUGCGUCUUACUGUAACCACAUUGUUUAUAUUGUUACACACAGAGGAUCAAGUCCUACUAGGUGUUCUCAGGCUUGGCCGUGCAGUGUGGCUACCUUUCUUUGAAGGAGCAAGUCUGGGCAAUCAUAGCUUAAUGUCAUCAAGGCUCUGCCCACUAGAGCUCCUCCUGUAAACUCACACUUAACAAAUACUUAUUAAGUGCCUCCUAUAAUGCAGUAGCUAGUAGGGACCAAGGGCAUGUUUCCAAUAUUCUCUGAGCUGGGGCAUAGACAUGGCAGUGCCCAGAACCAGUGUUCCCUGUUCUCUAGAGCUAAGGAGCUUGUGGUUUCCCACUGUACACUGUCUUCCUGUGAGCACUGCAUUAACUCAUUAAAGGGUACUUGGGAUUAAGGGUUAAAUAGCCAUUAAGUCAUAAUACUAACGGAUAGAAGACACUUUCCAUUAUCAGCAUUCUGUCAUCUCCUAAAACUAAAGGACUAUCUAUCCUAAAACUAAGGACUACAAAAUAGUUCCUAGGUCUUAUUAAGGCAAAAAAACCAAAAAACUGAAGCAUAACAAAAAUAAGUGUAAUGCUGCAAGCAGCAGACUUUCAUUUAGGUGAAUGCGCAGCCAAAGUCUGCGUGCAUCUGUGGCAAGUGUGGAGUCUGGAUGAAUGCAGUUUGUAAAACACUGAGGGUAACCAAGUAAUGUCUAGACAAGACUUAGUGAAUGCAUAAAACAAACACUGUCAAAGAAAAAUCUAUGCACAAGACCAGAGAAGCAGGCAGAGAUAAUAUAAAAAUGAUGUUUGCAUGCAAAGCAGCACUAGCCAGUGCAUCUGAAGAUGAGAGCCGAUUGUCACUGGCAAUGGAGAUCAAAACCUCUCUGCUUCAAGUGAUUAAACUCAAACAUGUAUCAGCAAGUCA